AUGGAGAGAGCUAGCGACAAGGAGCAGUUUUUGCCUUUCGUUGUCCUCUUGGCUAUUGUGUUUGAGUUGGCCCUAGCUCAGUCGGACAAAUGCAAUGUGAACGAACACGAAAAGCUACUGUGCGGUGACUCUGAUAUCACUAGGGCUGAUUGUGAGGCUAAGAACUGUUGCUUUGAAGCACAGCAGUGCUAUUAUGGGAAUGCAGUGACUGUCCAGUGCACCAGGGACGGACAGUUUGUGGUAGUGGUGGCCAGGGAUGUCACCAUACCUAACCUGGCCCUCUCCUCCGUCAGCCUCCUGGAGGGCAGCGAUUCCUAUUGUGGUCCUGUUGGCACCACGGCUGCUUUUGUCACAUUCCAGUUCCCAGUCGACGCCUGUGGCACAGUCAUGAAGGCUGACGAGGGUCAUGUGGUCUAUGAGAACGUGAUGUCCGCUCCAUAUGAAGUGGUGGCUGGACCUUCUGGCUCCAUCACAAGGGACAGUGUCUACAAGCUGCUCCUCCAGUGUCGGUACUCAGGCAGUGACAUAGUGCCCCUGGUGGCUGAGGUUAGCACGGUCACCCCGCCCCCACCUGUGAUAGCUCCAGGACCCCUGCGUGUGGAGCUCAGGUUGGCAAGAGAUUCUCUGUACAGGUCCUAUUACGGAGAGGAUGAUUACCCCGUCACCAAGGUCCUGCGGGAGCCUGUGUACGUGGAGGUGCGCGUAUUGGAGAGGACGGAUCCUGAUAUCGUCCUGACGCUGGGAGACUGCUGGGCGACCCUCGCCCCCAGCCCCGACAGCCUGCCCCAGUGGACACUUCUGAUUGACGGGUGCCCCUAUAUGGGCGACAACUACCUGACCAGGCUAGUUCCUGUGGAUGGCUCCUCUGGGCUCUCAAACCCCACUCACUACAAGCGUUUUAUCCUCUACAUGUUCACCUUUGUGGACAGCGAUAUCCUGGCCCACCUGAGGGAUCAGGUGUUCAUCCACUGUACCACAGCGGUCUGCCACCAUUCUGCGGUGGACACCAGCGAAGAGAGGUGCAACAGGCAAAAAAGAGAUCUUGGCGCAGUGCAGAGGGACUCCCCCAGGGAAAUGGCAGUGGUUUCCAGUGGGAAAGUGAUUCUGUCUGAACCAGAGCCCCCAGCGUCAGACAUCGUUCAAACCAACAGUGAAGGAAGAGCCGUUGCCAUGGAGCAGGACUCUAUGGACGAAGGGGCGGUUGCCAGCUGGAAAGUGACACUGGCAGACCCAUUGUUUCCAGAGGCAGACUUCAAUCCCCACUCAGUCAGCUACGGCUUGCUAGCAGUGGCUGCGAUGGCGGUGACCACAGCCUGUGCCAUUGUGCUGGCCGCCAUGCGGCGGUCAAGGGCUUCGACAGGGUAUGACUGCAAAUUGUAG